AUGAGUCCUCCAUCUAUUAGUUCCAAGAAGUCUGCCUCAUCUGGAUCCUCCCAAAGUACCAAGAGGGAGCCCAGUCCUGCCAGUACUCAACCAGCUGAGGCUGCCAAGGCAGCGCCAGCCAAGCCUACUGAGACUCCUGCCGCUAAACCUCAGGCUAUUGCCACGUCCACUGGACCGCUCAUCCACACCAAGAUCGAGGAAAUUGCUCCUGGAGUCGACCGUUUGGUUGAAGCGUUCCACUCCAAGCAAAAGUCACACUCGCUCCAGUACAGAUUGAACCAAUUGAGAAACUUGUACUUCGCCAUCAAGGACAAUGUCGAGCCUAUCUGCGAUGCCUUGUACAAGGACUUCUACAGAGUGCCUUCGGAAACCAGAAACUUCGAAGUAAAUGUUUCGCUCAACGAAUUGGUCCACACCAUGGCCCAUUUGCACAAGUGGGCCAAGCCGGACCCUGUCACUGAUACCGGUAUUAGCCAAUCCACCAGCAAUGUGUACGUGGAGAAGAUUCCUUUGGGGGUUGUGUUGAUCAUCUCACCAUUCAAUUAUCCUCUCUUCCUCACAGUGGGUGCCAUGGUUGGUGCCAUUGCUGCUGGUAACGCGGUUGUAUUGAAGCUCUCCGAAUCCACCCCCCAUUUCAGUCAGUUAUUCACUGAAAUCGUCUCAAAGGCUCUCGAUCCAGAAAUUUUCUAUGCGGUCAACGGUGCCAUUCCUGAAACUACCGCUCUUUUGGAGCAGAAGUUCGACAAGAUCAUGUACACUGGUAACGGAGUCGUGGGUAGAAUUGUCGCCAAAAAGGCAGCAGAAACUUUGACACCUGUUACCUUGGAAUUGGGUGGAAAAUCACCAGCCUUCGUCUUGGAAGAUGUCAAGGACAGUGACAUUCCAACCAUUGCCAGAAGAAUCGCUUGGGCGCUGUUCAUGAAUGCUGGCCAAACUUGUGUGGCUGUUGACUACGUUGUUGUUCACGCUUCCCGCCAUGAUAAAUUGGUUAAGGAAAUAGUCAGAAUCAUUAAAGAAGACUUUUUCCCAAGCCUUACUAAGGAUGAACCUCAAUUUACCCAUAUUAUUCAUGACAGGGCAUAUGCUAAUCUCGUCAAGAUAAUUGAAAGCUCCAAGGGAAACAUCCUUGUGGGUGGUAAAGGUGAUGCUUCCAAGAGAUUCAUCCCACCAACAGUUAUUGACAAUGUGGACUGGAGUGACUCUACAAUGAGACAAGAAAUUUUUGGUCCCGUUUUGCCAAUCAUUUCUUACACAGACUUAGGUUCGACUUUAAUAACUAUCCAAAAGAAGUUUGAUACUCCAUUGGCUCAAUACGUCUUCACCAGUAAGUCUACCUCAAGACACAGCAACCCACAACUUGAUCAAAUUUUGACUGCUAUUAGAUCUGGUGGUCUCAUGAUUAAUGAUGCUGUUAUGCAAAGUGCUUUGAGCAAUGCUCCUUUCGGAGGUGUUGGAGAGUCGGGACAAGGUUCUUAUCAUGGAUUGUACUCGUACAAAAACUUUACUCACGAAAGAACAACGAUUGAACAAAAGUUAUGGAACGAUUUUUCCUUGAAAUCAAGAUAUCCACCUUAUAACUCAAAGAAGGAUAAUUUGAUUGGAAUUGCUAGUGUGGAUUACAAUAACAAGGUGUGGUUUGGAAGAACCGGUAACGUCAACGUUGGGGGCCCAAGCUCUCUUUUCACCUUCUGGACAAGUUUAGCAGGGAUUUCCGCUUUGGUAUACUAUGUUGCUCAAGGUGUUUGA